UUCAGUGAGCUUUUUUUGCGGGUUUUAUACAGUUUUCAUUGGCGCAUUCCCUCCGUCCGCCGACUCUUUGGAAUGAACCGUUUCCCCGUCGGCGUCGUGUCCAUGUCAGCAUGGGAGCUGCCGUGUCCAAAAGGAAGAAUUUAAGAAACGAUGCGAUAUCCUCUGUGGCGGCAAAAGUUAGAGCAGCGCGAGCAUUUGGAGAGUACCUGUCCCACACACACCCUGAAAACCGAAACGGAUCAGCUCAUCUUCUGUGUGAAACCUUGGUGGGUCCCGACCCGGAGUCGCCAAGUGACACGAUUAGCCCCAACAACAACAACCACCUCCGUCCCUGUUCCAACACCACCAAGGGCUGUGAGGACAAACGGGAGGCCAGCCUGCUGAAACCCCCACUGGGCUUACUCCAGCCUCCGCCCCCUUGUAUCACCAUCUCGACCAAAGCAUCGCGACUGUCCCUCGAGCGUAGCUUCUCAGCGGAGGAAGACCAGCAGAAGUGCGUUGAGUGCACCCUGCAGCCUGCUCGCGUGUACACCAUCACCACCCAGCGCGGUAUGCUGAUGAGCAGCGGCCGGGGCAGCAAGGAGAGCCUCGAACUGGACGUCCUGAAGGAGAAGUCGGGGAGUGGCGGGCUGGGAUCCAGAGGUGGCUUGAUCCAGCCCUCCACGUCCCCUUCCUCCACCUCAUCGUCUCCAACUCAGCACCACCACGCCAGCAGCGGUCGCGGCACCAGCCACCAUCACAGAAACCACCACGACACUCACCACGGGAACCACCACCACCACGGCGCCCCGGGCACCAAUGCACCCUCCGGUGGUGGAGGAGGGAGCGGAGCAAGCGGAAGCAGCAGCGGCGGCAACCUGCAGCAGUCUUUAUCCGUCGCCGGAUCCCACUCCCACCAUGGAACACACCACCACGGCCACCACCACCACCUGUCUCAACCCCCGCUGCAGACCUCCGUCAGCGCCCACAACAUCCGCGGCUGGGGCGAGGGCGGAAAAGGGGAGGCAGAGUGCAGCGGGCUGGCCUGUGAGUCAUGCAGCGGCGCCCCCUCGCGAAGCCAAGGCUCCCUGGACCUGGAGAGCGCAAACCGAGAGGCAGGCAAGCAGCACCGGCGCCUAGAGCGGAUGUGGAGUGUGGACCGGGUGACUGGGCUGGAGAGAGAUGACACCAACUGGUUCCCAAAGGAAAAUAUGUUCAGCUUUCAAACUGCCACAACAACCAUGCAGGCGUGAGUGACUUUCUGGGGAAUUGUGCUGAUACAAAAGCGAGAGAGGGAGCGGGAUUCGGUGGAAGUCAUCCAGAGGAACUUCCGGAAGCAUCUCCGGAUGGUGGGCAGCAGGAGGAUGAAAGCACAGACAUUCGCUGAACGUAGAUCGCAGAGUUUCAGCCGUUCCUGGAGUGACCCCACCCCUGUCAAGGCUGACUCUCCUCAUGACCCCAGAGACAGUGGAGACAUGCAGGCCUCCUGUAGUACCUUGGAUGAAGGGGGCCUGGAUGAUAAUAUAGACUGGGAGGAGGAGCGGGAGAUGGAGAGGCUGGCCUGUGAAGGAGACGACUUUGUACCUCCCAAAAUCAUGCUGAUCUCUUCUAAAGUCCCAAAGGCAGAGUACGUUCCCACUAUAAUUCGCAGGGAUGACCCCUCCAUCAUCCCCAUCCUCUACGACCAUGAACACGCUACUUUUGAUGAUAUUUUGGAGGAAAUAGAGAAGAAGCUCACAGCUUACAGGAGAGGAAGCAAGUUCUGGAGGAUGCUCAUCUUUUGUCAGGGAGGCCCCGGUCACUUGUAUUUUCUGAAGAAUAAAGUGGCAACAUUUGCUAAGGUGGAAAAGGAGGAGGACAUGAGCCAGUUCUGGAGGAGGCUGAGUCGCUUCAUGAGUAAAGUCAACCCCGAACCCAACCUGAUCCACAUCAUGGGCUGCUACGUCCUGGGCAACCCCAACGGAGAGAAGCUGUUCCAGAAACUGAAGAAUCUGAUGAGGCCUUAUUCUGUCGAGUUUGAGUCGCCGCUGGAGCUGUCUGCUCAGGGCAAAGAGGUGAUUGAGAUGUACUUCGACUUCCGCCUCUACCGGCUUUGGAAGACUCGGCAGCACUCCAAACUCUUGGAAUAUGAGGAAUUCUUGUGACGAAAAAACACGGAUAACGGGAGAAGCGGAGCGCUACAAUGAAAAUAGAACUGAUCCGAUAAGUGAACAUUGUUCCACUAUAGUGCUCGACCCACCAACUCAAUACUACCAGUCAUGCCUGCAUUCAUCCAGGAGAGGACAGGGAGGGGAGGAAGGAGGAUGGCAGGCAGGACAAGGUGGCUGAAGACCAACUCAAUGAUGCUGUGUGCCUCCGCUCCUCCUCAUUUUCAGAGUAAGGAUCAAAGACUCACAAAAAGGGCAGAAAAAAAAUACACAUUAAAGAAAAAAAUGAAGAAGAAGCAGAGACAACUGGACCGUCUUCAUCUUAGUCACCGACUCCCUUUGCUUCUUGAGUUUGAAAGCAAAAGGAGGAUAAAAAAAAUUCCAAUGUGUAAAAAAAUAUAUAAUUUUCAUCACACCUCUGUUGCAAAAACACACUUUGAGGCUGCUGUGCUUCACUGAAACUCAUUCUGCCAUAAUGUGGUUCUGUGUUUUCACUGGACCUCUCAGAUGCUCCCAGACCCCAGAGACAUACAUAUAUAUAUACAUCCAUAAAUAAUAUCAUAUGUCGAUGUGUGUGUAUAUAUCACAUGAAUAUAUUAGCAUAGCUUCUGUCAUGCAAAUAAUACAUGAGGAUAAUAAUAAUGCAUCAUUUAUUUUUGAUGUGCAUUGUUGUGCAGUUUCAUAUGAAAAUACUUUGGAAUAACUCAGGUUUUAGCCAUGAAGUAAAUAAUCUGUGUGUCUAUUCUAUCAAGAUAUUGUAAUCUUCAUCGCCAUCGCUUGGAAUGAAUGUAUUCGCUCUCCAGAAAUGUAUCUUCGGUUUGAGAAAUCCAGCUUCAUGUUUUGGUUUUUUUUUAAAAGAAGAGACAAAAGUGCUGAUUUUAUGUGCGUGUGUGUGUGUGUGUAUUCUCCAUGUCAAAGAAAUUAUAAUAAUCAUGCAAAUGUGUGUAUUUCUCUUUCUGCACCUGCAAUGGGAGGGGGGGGGGGGGGUUAUCACCUUUACACCCCCAUUUUCUCCCUUUCCGUCAAACUCUCAAAGACAGUCUCGCGUGAUUACUGAUGUCAAGAGGGAUGUAACAGCCAUCCAAGUGCUCCUGCCACUCCAGUGAAGGAGUUGCCCUAUUGAUCCCGCCUCCUCUUUUGCAGAAGGUUCAGGCCACUUAGUCUCGGCCUUGUCACUGGCGCCAGCUGCUCUCACUUCCUGCCAAACACUCUUGGCUUCUCUUGAUGGCAGCCAAACGAGCUUCCGCCACCGCUCACUUCACUGGGCUGGGAUCCAGUCUGAAGGACCGGAGUUCUCCCAAUGAAAGCGAUCAGCCAGAGGUUUAAGCUGUUAACAGCUGCCCUGCCAGGUGUCAGGUCGUUAAAAGGACAGACAUAUUUAGACUGCAGUGCCAAACUACAAAGGUCAGCUCAGAGGCCGGUGAUGAGUUGUGAGUGAGGAGUCAGUGGGUGACAGCAACCACUGGUCACCAGAAAUAGAAUGCAGUUUGCUGAAUAGAAUAUCAGAUGAACUGUGGCCAGACACAGAGCUGCACACUCACUCACUCACAAAGGGACGCAGACACUGAUCACAUAAUCCUCCUUUAAUAAUAAUUUAAUUUGCUUUAUGUAAUGACAGCUAAAGUGGGAGAGGGACACUCAAAGCGCAAAAAAGUCUUCACAGUUGAUUUCUCAGGUAAACCUAAGAAAUUAGCUGAUCCCACAGUAUUGUUUUUGUGUGCUUUUGGAGUGCUGCAAUCCCAAAAGUCUUUAAGGUUACAUUCUACUUUUUUUAAUGCUGAAAUUUGAGCCGUAAUCUUUUCAAAUGUGGCAGCAAUCCAAGGAGACAUUGCUAAGUCCCGCCAUGGCUCACUGCUCGGCCAAUCACAGCAGUGUCCCACAAUGACAACGGACCCUGAAUGUCAGCGAAACAUGCGGCCGAUUGUGAGUUUAGAACCAGUCAGGUGAUGUGUGUCCAGAUAGUUUACAGGGAGCACGAGGAAAAACAUUUUUAGGUUUUCAUAGAUUUCAGUGGCCCCAACAUUAUGCAUUUCACACACAAACGUAUAAAACACAGACAAGUGUUGAUCCUCUCCACCUGUGUAUGGUAAAUACUUUUCCAUUCAUCAUUAUUUGUGAGGAUGAGUUAAUAUUUGGAGCAUUAUGUGCAGGCUUUUUGUGUUUAAGUCAACCAGUCUCACUGGAAAGCUCUCCAUCUCUUUGCGAGCAGAAGUCUGGUUGCCGUUGCCGUUGCCCUCUCUCUGACAUUGCAGUGUUGGCCUUCAGUUGGUCUGGCACAGACGAGUACUCUCUCAGCCUGAGUCACGCACGGCUUGUUUUCACUCCAGAUUUAAAAUCCGGCAGUGUCAUAUCAUAGAGCCAUUUUGAUUCCAGCAGAAGCAUUAAACUGCCAAAUUCUCAAAGAAGUUGCACUCAACAGCUGCGACGCUUCGUGGAUUAUGUGUUUCGGAACUUUACACCCUGGGUUAAUUUUCAGAUCAGAAACACGGAGACUGGUUUGUGAUGUGAUGGAUUCAAUUCAUUCGAGAAAGUGUUUUUCUUGUGCCAUAGAAAACAUCACAACAAAUAUAUCAUAUCCAGUCUAUAAAGAACUUACUGGUAAUUAAACCUCCGUUUGAAUGGACUGGGCUGAACUGACUGUGUGAAGGGCACGCUGACUCAGGAGUUUGAGAGAGCUUUCUUGUUUUCUUUUUCAGCAGAAAAAAAGAAUUACUGGAAAUCUAAUUAAAGAUGCAAAUGUGUCUACUCGUC